AUGUCGGCCAUGCUCAUAUAUCCCAAUUCCCUCCUCUUGACGUUGCAAACACUUUCAAACGCCUUGAAAACUCCUGUUCCCAUGCCCCAACCGGCAGAUGCGAGAGUGUCCAUGACCCUAAGCCUAUACAAGAAGUCCAUGUUUCGCAACAUAAGUCCCCAAACCCAAGGGACCUAA